GGACGUUCACGCAAAUCACAUGGCUGCCAAACUUGACUUUUGCCUCAAGCUAACGCAACUGACCCAAAAAGGCAAAAAGAAAAAUUGUAGCGCCAUAAACGGUCCACGUCAACGAAAAAAGUUAGGGCAGGCUUAGAGGCCCGUGGCGACCGCGUUCCAAUUUCCCACCCUGCCGCCUCGCCCUAGCUUAUAUAUUCUCCAUUCUGAAUAGUCACACAUUCAUUGCCACUUUUCCGCACAUCUCUCCCUUCUCUUUCUCCGCAAAACCUUUUCGUGUCUGUGUCGCUAACCUAACACCGUCUCCGAAUGGCGUCGUUCGAUCAGGCACCUCCCGGCGAUGUCAAAUCCGGUGACAAAAUCUUCAGGACCAAGUGCGCUCAGUGCCACACCGUCGAAAAAGGUGCCGGUCAUAAGCAAGGACCCAAUCUGAAUGGUUUGUUUGGAAGGCAAUCAGGCACUACUCCUGGAUAUUCCUACUCUGCAGCUAACAAGAACAUGGCUGUGACUUGGGAAGAAAAGACACUAUAUGAUUACUUGCUUAACCCCAAAAAGUAUAUUCCUGGAACAAAGAUGGUAUUUCCUGGUCUUAAGAAGCCCCAGGAACGUGCUGAUCUGAUUGCAUAUCUGAAAGAAGCCACUGCACAGUGAUAUCAUGUUUUCAAACAUUCAAUUUUGCAGUGUACUUUCAGAGUUCUAUUGAUUUAAUUUUCGGUCGAUUAGUUCUGCCGUGCAGGAAGUGCCGUAUCUUUGGCAAAUAAUGUAGGCUACAUUGGUCUGCGAUGCUAUUUUGUUCAUUUUGCAUUGCUUCUCAGAAAGCAGCUGAUUAUUGGCUGGUGUAACAAUUUAUCUGUUGAAAAUUAAAACAUUCUUAUAAACAUUUGAUUUAAUUGGAAUUACAGCUCAGUACUGUGUUAGCUGUAUUCUAAUUUUUAUAAUGGUGGGUUGCUAGGCCUAGAUCAUAUAUCCAACAUCUUGUUUAAAAUAUAAAAUGUAAUAAUAUUAUGAUAGCUAAAGAUGUUUCAGCCAUACUUUCUUCAA